AUGAAAAACCUUGAACAAAUUAUUAAAUGCUUCAAUAAAACUGAAGGCAGAGAUAAAAUUAGUAAAAUGAUUUAAUAUGGGGCAAAGUUUUUGUCAUGGUAUUUCCAAAAAUUUAACAACUUAGAAAAAGCACAUUAAUUUAAUAAUUUAUUUAGUAUGAAUAAGUAUCAAAUAAUAAGUGGCUAUGAGAGAAGCUAGAAAAAUUUUUAGAUUAGCUAAAACAUUGAAUGAAAUUUAAUACAUUUUUUAUAAGAUUAAAGAGAAUACAGAAAAUGUAAAUGACAUUAUAAGAGUAUUAAAAAUCUUUUCAAGAAUUUGGUUUGCUUUAUUUUGGUAUCAUUUCAUUAUAGACUAGGGCUUUUGAUAACCUAAGUAUAUUAUCAUAAAUUUAAAUUAUUUAAUCGAACCCAAAAGUAUUAGGUAAAAUUGCUAUGUCUUUUUGGGCAGUCGGAAUAAUUACUAAUUUAACAGAGACUUUUAGAGAUCUUAUUGGAAAUCUAUUAUACUUGAGAAAAGUCUAAAAAUAAACUGACCAUAAAGAAAUACAAAAGAGAAUAAAUGUUAAUUACUUAAACAUAAUUAAAAAUCUAUGUGAUUUAUUACUAGCAGGUACAGGCAGUGAAUUAUUCUCAAAGAUAUUUUUUUAUCAACCUAAUGAUGCUUUAGUAGGCUUUGGAGGAUUUAUUGCAGGAAUUAUAGCAACAUAUCAAGCAAUUUGAAAAAAAGUUAAUCAAUAAUAAUUU